UUACAUUUUGGGUGUAGUAUUGAUGGUGUGAAGCUCAAAAAAGAGUACAAUGGAGAGAAAGUUGUUACAUGUGGGUGGUCACAAUCAUGAGUUGAGUGAGAAAGAGAAAGUAUGGCUGCAUGAGCAGGAGGAGUGGAGAGAGGAACACAAAGGGCAUGAUCUGAUGCAUGCUGAAAUGUUGUUAGUGUUACUUGCCGCGCUCUUUGUCUCUCAGAUAGUUCUCAUUCUCUGGAAACAGAAACACCCUCGAUCGUAUAAUAUGGUGUCCCUGACAGGACUGUGGAUUAUACCCUUCCUGGUAUCAUGUUAUCACUAUUACUGGCGGUUUGUUGGCUGCUGGUUUCUCUUCAGUCUCAUCACGGGUCAUGUCAUCAGACUCGCACGAUGUAAACCUCUCGGUGGCAAAACCCCCAGGUUGGUCUACAGAUGGUUUCAGUUUAUGUACAAUGCAUCCUACGGGUUUGGUAUCCUGUCCUAUACCAUCAUGAUGUGUAUUCUAUUCGGUUUACAUCUACUGUUUGUAGACGAUCCUGAACCUGUUGUAGAUUUUUGUAUUGUCAUCUUUUUCUACGGAGGGUAUUUUGGAGUUUUGGGACGGGAUCUGAGUGAAUUGUGUGCGGAGGAAAUGGCAUCCACUAUUGGGUACUACGACAAGGACGCCAUGUCCAGUCGUGCUCUCGAGGAGAGCAUCUGUGCAGUUUGUGGACAGAGCACCAACAGUCCAACUAACAGUGCUGACCCAGAGCCUGCGUACAAGCUGUCUUGUGGGCAUGUAUUUCAUGAUUAUUGUAUUAGGGGUUGGUGCAUUGUUGGUAAAAAGCAAAUCUGCCCGUACUGCAAAGAAAAGGUUGAUCUACAACGUCUGUUUAGUGCUCCAUGGGAAAAACCACACAUGCUUUACGGUCGGUUGUUGGACUGGAUACGUUACCUUAUAGUUUGGCAUCCUGCCAUAAUUAUCAUAGCUCAGGGUAUCAACGAUUACUUGGGACUGAAAUAGAUGAGGUUUAGUUUAGGAUGUUAUCGUUAUUUUUGGUAUUUUUGGGACAUUGUUGUGACGAUACUUUGUUGGUUCAUUGUAAUGGAAUUCACAGAAACACUGUAACCAAGUGUAUAGAUUUAAACUGGCUGUAAGAUGUUCAUAUUACAUGCAUAGCUAAAAACCCUGAAAACCGAAUAAUUGACUUGUUGUGGUAAUAUGAUUUGUCUGUAAAUUUAGCAUAAGUAUCAUGAAAAGUAAAGCAGUCGUUUUAUCUGUGGUUAAAAUUAUAAUAUUUGGGUGUUUUUUGAAAAACUUUCCGAAGUUUUUGUUGUUACAGCUUUUUGUUACAACUCGGAUGUAAAGUUAUAGAAUCAGACACGGUAUACAAUACUGUUCAAUGACAAGUAUGGUUUAAUAUUUAGAAUCGUUAUUAAUGUUGUGAAUGAUGCUUUUACUGAGGAAUUACUAAUCAGGGGGUAGAUAUUUCCUCGGUAGUCUUGUAAUAUCAAAUAAUAUGUAUUAUAUUAAUUUUCCAUUUCAUCUGGAAAUUGUCAAGAUUUUUGCAAUCUGCGAUGUGAAUAUUCAAUGAUAAGACUGCAAUUAUUGUUAUGC